CCUACAGUGCAUUUUUCUCCUUUUCUCCUGAUUGCCUUGCGCGUCCCCCCGGCCAUGCCUGAGCCAGCCAAGUCCGCUCCCGCCCCGAAGAAGGGCUCCAAGAAAGCGGUGACCAAGGCGCAGAAGAAGGACGGCAAGAAGCGCAAGCGCAGCCGCAAGGAGAGCUACUCCGUGUACGUGUACAAGGUGCUGAAGCAGGUGCACCCUGACACCGGCAUCUCGUCCAAGGCCAUGGGCAUCAUGAACUCGUUCGUGAACGACAUCUUCGAGCGCAUCGCGGGCGAGGCGUCGCGCCUGGCGCAUUACAACAAGCGCUCGACCAUCACGUCCCGGGAGAUCCAGACGGCCGUGCGCCUGCUGCUGCCCGGGGAGCUGGCCAAGCACGCCGUGUCCGAGGGCACCAAGGCUGUCACCAAGUACACCAGCUCCAAGUCAUAGGAACGAUCUGAAGUCCACGUCUUUGAAAGCCUUUCAUCAGAAACGUUGGUGGCCAGGUCCAUUGAUGAAGCCUUACAGGAUCCCUCCCUCUCUGUAGCAAAGA